AUGCAGCGUCAGCGGAUCACGCUCUUUUCGGCCGAAGACGCCGACGCCAUGGCAGUCCGCGAGCGUGGCAGCAUGAGACUAGGCUCUAGUCGAGGGCCGGGGCGCUUCGACAAGCGCGCACAGUCGUACAGCUUGCGCCCUAGUACGACCGUGUACGGCCAAGAAAACGAGGAUUACUUCGACGGCUCGGCCAGCUACUCGUCCGUGACUGAGCGUAGCGGCACCGGAAGCUUCGCUCCCAACCGCACGCGACUUAGUGUAUCCCCCGACCUCAGCAGCGCCUUCGAGGACAUCUUUGAGACGGACUGGGAAGGCUACAUCUGGAAACAGGGUCACGUUGUACGCUCGUGGCGCUACCGCUACGCUGUGCUUUCAGGCACGACCUUCAGCUACUACGUAAGCAAGGACGUGGCCAAGCUGGACACGGAGAAGUUCCGUGGCCGCGUCACGGUUACGGGUGCCUCACGAGAUCCCAACCGCUCAAACGGCGUGCUCAUCACGACGACUAUUAACAAAAUAUUUGCCAUGUACACACGCUCAAGCAUUGAGUGCGAAAUCUGGAUCAAGAUGCUGCAACAGACAGUACAGAACGGCAGCAACCAGAAACCGGGUCAGAGUUUCAGUGGCGCCUCUAAUGGACGCGACUCGGAUCUCCAGAGUGGACGUGCAAGCCAGUGGAAUCCCGCUGCUAGUGGGAACUUGCCCUUCUCGGCGAGUAGUAUUCUAUCACAAACUGUCCGAUCGUCAGGAGACUGGAAGGCGCGCAAUUUGGCGACAGUCAAGCAAUUCUACUCCAUGUGGACGACGCAAUUCCUUGAACAGACGGGCGUGGAUGACUCAGCGGCAAACCUCAUCUCACUCUUUCCCAUCUGUUCGCCCGAGAUGAUCGUCUCGGUCAGCUACCCGUGCGAGUUUCUACCGUCCACUAAGUUUUACGGACGAGAAGGACUUGUCGACGUGGUGCUGGGUUUCUCACGCUUCGUGUUGUUCAAGAGAUUCGCAGUCUCCCGCUACAUGACGACCAAGCAGCCCAAUGUGCUUCAGGUACUGGCUGCUGGUACCAUCUGGAAUAAAUCGCUCAAGCGCGAGUUCACGUUCACUACACGCGACGAGAUUCAGCUGAGUCCUGGCGGUCGUGUGCUCAGUCUUCAGAUGCAGAUUGAAGUCGACAUUGCCGCGUUUCAGAUGUCGGACGCCGAACGGAAGGCGGCCAAGGCGGAACGUGCGUUCCAGGCCUCAACGUCGAAGCGUGUGCUGUCUCUCUCGAUCCAACACUUCCACGUGAACCGUGUCCUGGGCAAGGGAACUUUCGGCACGGUUGUGCUGGCUGAACGAAAGAACACGGGCGAAAUCUUCGCAGUGAAGAUCCUGGAAAAGAACUCCAUGUCCAACUACGACAAGCUGCGCACCAAGACUGAGAUGCGCAUCCUGCGUGACGUGCAUCAUCCGUUCAUUGCCCCGCUGCGGUUUUCGUUCCAGAGCCAAUCGCGUGUGUUUCUAGGCAUGGACUACUACCCGGGUGGCAGUCUGUACACCCACAUGAACCGCUUCUCCAACAACAAGGAACAUCGCGUCAAGAUCCCGCUUGACCUGGACCGCGUCAAGUUCUAUGCUGCUCAGAUCGUGCUGGCGUUGUCUCAUCUACACGCCUGCGACAUUGUGUACCGUGAUCUGAAGCCUGAUAACAUCAUGCUUGACGUAGACGGCAACGUUGCGCUCGUCGACUUCGGUCUCUCGAAAACAAAUGUGAACCAGAUGUCAGGUGCUCGCACGAUGGCUGGAUCCCCAGCGUACACGGCCCCUGAAUUACUAAAGCCGAAGCGCUCGCGCGACUAUGGCAAGGCUGUGGAUUGGUGGUGUCUGGGUAUCCUGCUGUACGAGAUGUUGCUUGCCAAGCGCCCGUUCCAUCACCUGAACGUGUCGGUGCUGUACAAGCUCAUCGAGAAGGAGCCUGUGAAGUUCCCGUCCAAAUGUGGUAUUCACCCGGACGCCCGAAGCCUGAUCUUGGGCUUGCUGGAGAAGGACCCGAACAAACGUCUCGGUGCUCGUCAGACCAGCGACAUCCUCACGCAUCCAUUUUUCAGUGAGGUUCGAUGGAACAUGGUUCUUCGCAAGAAGAUCACCCCUCCAUGGGUACCGGCACCCAUGUCGAUGGAGGAGGAGCGCAUGAAGAGCCCCGACAUUAACUUUGACAAGUAUCUGGCCUCCAAGACGGCCUCCACGGGCAACUUUUUCAGCAUUAUCUUCCCGUGGAAACACACCCACACUCGCCACCGCCGAGCGAGAUCAGAAAUGGACUACGACUCGUUCGGCAAAUUCAGCUACGUGAGCGACACGUCUAACUCGUUCCUUGUGGACGAAGACGAGAUGCUUGACGCGGCUUUCACGGGCCGGCGCAGCAUUCAAGUGCAUACUUUGGCAGGUGAAGCCUGA